GUGAAGCGUAAACAAUAUGCGUCCUUUGAAGACUUCGAGUAUGUGAGUGAAGACCUUCUAGCAGUAUCGUGUUUUCGGAAGUGUGAUUAUAACGUACGCGGCUUAAGCGAAAAUAAAAUGCUCGAAUUUCAUAAAAUAAACAUUUUAAAAGUUAUCAACGUAUUUUAACAUAAUAAUGAACAAAGUGAAAAUUUACGUGCAAUAAGAGAUAGUAAUAAAAGAUUUCAAAUAGCAAUUAUAAUGUUGCAAAAUGAUACGUCUGACGAAGAAACGGAUCUGCGUACGCCUCAAACAUUUCUCAGGCCUUCUUACUAUUGCCGAAACUCGUCAGUUAUGCGCAGUCCCACGUUUAGUCCGUGUUCUUCCAUCUCGAGUUCCGUCGUACACGGACACUUUCCCGAGGAGUUACUCCGCGUCUGGGACCAAUUGCCAGAGACGAUACGUCUAGAUCCCAGUAUGUCGAGUUUUCAGAAAGAAUAUGAUCGAAUAGCGACAGCAAGAUAUCAGGAUUUCGCAAAGAAAGAUUGUUUAGCCGUAAGUGUGCCUAUAGAAUCCGCGGCAUCAACGAGCGCUCAAAAUGAAAACAACGUCGAAGAAGACGGAAAAGAUGACCAAGUGCAGGAGAAGCAGAAGCUGUUCUAUCGCUAUUCCAAAUUAGUUGUACUCUGCUGUUGCUGGCUAUUACUUACGGUGAUACUGAUGUUUAAGGGUGAAAAGAUCGAGGCAAUGCAUCAGCUUUCCAUUUCUAACGAAACAAAAAAUUACCAAGUCAGUGAGCAUGUUAUGAGCAAAAUGAUCAGCGUGACAGUGGAAGGAUCAUUGCUGCCGCCGGCCGAAAGUAAAAAUAAGGAGUACGUGAAUGUAUCGACACGCUACUUAACGAUAUGGCUGGAGCUCCUGAUGAAUGAGAAUUUUAACACCGAUUUAUUGCUCACUCGUGUCAAUUCGGACGACUUAGAGUUUCAGAAAAUAAGCGAUAUAUGGAACCUGCCUAUAUUGCCGGAAAGUUUGGAGAACAUUUUCCCCAGUCAGAAAUAUCAAAGAACCUUCAUGAUAAAAGUCGACAGCGAGACGCUAUCACGCGGCAUACUAUUCAUCAAAUUGCAUACGAAUUCAGAGUCCAAUCUUCCGCUGUCCAUAACUUAUGAUCUAUCUCCGAUAAAUUCCGAUUCUAGCAUAAUGUACGCAGCUAUCAUACUGAUUAGCUUGUACAUAAUGAUUAUUUUCGAGAUGGUGCAUAGAGCUUUGGCUGCCAUGCUUGCGUCCACGAUGUCUAUCGCGAUAUUGGCAGCUUUGAACGAGCGGCCGAGUAUGGAAGAAUUGAUUUCCUGGAUAGACGUGGACACAUUGCUGCUAUUGUUUUCCAUGAUGGUGCUAGUCGCUAUCAUUGCCGAAACCGGUGUAUUUGACUGGCUAGCCGUAUACGCUUACAAGAUAACCGCUGGCAAACUGUGGCCGCUGAUAAUGGCCCUGUGCUUCUUUACCGCGUUUUUGUCGUCGAUACUGGACAACGUGACGACUGUCUUGCUAAUGACUCCGGUGACCAUCAGACUGUGUGAGGUAAUGCAGCUGAAUCCAGUUCCGAUUUUAACCGCGAUGGUGGUUUACUCCAACAUUGGAGGCGCUAUGACGCCGAUCGGCGAUCCGCCGAAUGUCAUCAUCGCUUCCAAUCGAGACGUGAAAAACGCCGAAGUCGACUUUGGCACGUUCUCGCUGCACAUGAGCAUUGGAGUAAUCCUGGUGUUGAUCGUGGUCUCCGCGCAAUUCCGCUACAUCUUCCGAGAUGGCACGGUUCUCAGAUUCAACGAGCCGCAGGACGUGCAAGAAUUGAGACACACAAUCGCUAUUUGGCAACGGGCGGCGGCGAGCUUAUCCAACUACAGCAAGGACGAGAAUAUCGUGAGAGAGACGCUGUUGAAAAAAGUGCAACGUUUAUUGUCGCAGCUGAAGAGGAAGUUAAUGACGGGAAGCGUGGCGUUGGAGAAGUACAAGACUACGCUUGAAGAAUUGCAGGAAAAGUAUCCUAUCAGGGACAAGGUGCUGUUGGUGAAAUCCGGAUUCGUGUUGGUCUUCGUGAUCUCGCUCUUCUUCCUGCACAGCGUGCCUCAAUUAAAUUUGUCGCUAGGCUGGACCGCUCUGAUCGGCGUCAUGCUGCUGCUGAUAUUAGCCGACAGUGAGGACUUCGACGGCGUCAUGGCGCGCGUCGAAUGGAGCACCUUGCUGUUCUUCGCGUCGCUGUUUAUUCUUAUGGAGGCUCUCUCUCGUUUGGGACUGAUCGCUUGGAUCGGUAAACAAACCGAGAGCAUCAUUCUAUCAGUCAAUGAAGAGUCACGGUUAGCGGUUGCCAUACUGCUGUUGCUCUGGGUGUCGGCUUUAGCGAGCGCCUUCGUCGACAACGUACCGCUUGCCACCAUGAUGGUGAGAAUUGCGACAAAUCUCGCGCAGAAUCACGAGCUCGAUCUGCCAAUGCAACCCCUGGUUUGGGCUUUGACAUUCGGUGCUUGCAUGGGAGGAAAUGGAACUUUGAUUGGAGCUACUGCCAACGUUGUUUGCAUGGGGGUCGCGGAGCAACACGGCUACAAAUUCAGUUUCAUGCAAUUCUUCAAGGUGGGAUUUCCUGUCAUGAUAACAAGUACCACGACAAUAAUGAUAUAUCUGCUGAUCGCCCACGUCGUCUUUGGCUGGAACGGAAAGUAAAUACCGAAGAUGUUUGGAUGAGGAUUGGUAUAAUGUACAAGAGAGACGAUACAUUUGUGUAUACUCAUAAAAGAACAAUCUUUUAAGGGCAAAAUUACGUAAUAACAUUAUUGAAUAUAGUUUUCAAGAAUAUUACAGAAAUUAUAUAUAGACAGAGUUUGAUUCGUGUAACGUGAUGUAAGAUCGCGAAUAUUUAUUGUAAUUUUUAUGAAAACAGUUAUUGUUUUAAUAUAUACUUUUUAUGCUUUGGCACAUAAUUAUUGUAGCAUAAAAAACUAAAGUUUCUCUCUUGAGAAAGGAGAUCUCCUGUAAUAUACAAAAUAUAUUAUAUUAUUAAGUCUCACAUACAAUAAACAUCAUUUUCUCGAAACUUUAA